ACUGCCAGAAUUGCCAGAAUUGAGUUCAAUAUAAAACUACACAAGCUGCUUUUGAUGUUCUAGAUAUUUGAUUCUUGAAUCUCUAUUCAUUGGUCUAAAACAACUGCUUCGUACAGCAUUCUACAUCUCAAUAAUAAGUUAUGUAUUCAAUUAGAGCAUUGAGGCCCCUUGCCUCGCAAUUCACAGCUUCAACUCUCCCCGCACUUUCACGAGCCUACUCAGCUAAAUCCUACGAGUUCAUACAAACCUCAGAACCAAGACCUGGCGUAGGACAAAUAACAUUAAAUCGACCCAAAGCACUCAAUGCCUUAUCUACACCACUCAUAAGCGAACUCAACGAUGCGCUUAAAGCAUUCGAUAAAUCUCCCUCCAUAUCUGCCAUUGUUCUUACUGGAUCUGAAAGAGCUUUUGCAGCUGGCGCGGAUAUUAAGGAAAUGGCACCGCUUACUUUCUCCGAAGCCUACACAACUUCUUUCAUAGAAUCAUGGUCAGACCUUACAACCGCCAUCAAGAAGCCUAUUAUUGCAGCCGUAUCAGGGCACGCGCUAGGGGGAGGCUGUGAGUUGGCUCUAAUGUGCGAUGUAUUGUACUGCACAGAAAAGGCAAAUUUUGGGCAACCAGAAAUUAAACUAGGCACGAUUCCUGGGGCUGGUGGAAGUCAAAGACUUACAAGGGCGAUUGGAAAAGCUAGAGCUAUGGAACUUAUAUUGACCGGCAAGAACUUUAGUGGCAAAGAGGCGGGAGAAUGGGGAGUUGCGGCAAGGACGUAUGGAAGCUGGGAAGAGCUGAUUGAAGCUGCGCUAGGUACUGCUGAGACAAUUGCAGGAUACAGUAAGGUGGCAGUGCAGGCUGCGAAAGAAGUUGUCAAUAAGAGUCAGGACUUGCCACUCAGAGACGGUGUAGAGUAUGAGAGGAGAGUUUUCCACAGCUUAUUUGGAAGUGAAGAUCAAAAGAUCGGAAUGAAGGCUUUUGCGGAGAAGAAGAAGGCCGAGUGGACUCACAAGUAACUGUUAGCAUUAUUUUUGUGCGAUAUAUACCAAUUUUACUGGAGGUGCUAAUUAUAGACAACACGAUCAAUUUUUCUCUUCA